GUCUUCCGACCGACUGACAACAAUCUGAAAAACAAAAUGUAUUAAAUACAAUAAAUAUCUUGCUAAGAAGGGAAUUGCUGUAGACUCUCACCAUGGCAGAAAAACCAGCAGAAAAAGCGUUCUACCGUUUCUUGGUGCUGUUCUUCAACUGCUUGCUCACUUUCGGCUCUUACUUCUGCUUUGAUAUCCCGAGUGUGCUGCAGGAACAGUUUCAGGGGAACCUGACAUGUCCCAAUUCAACGGUGGUGAACGGAACAGUGCCCAACACGACAGCUGAAUGUAUUGAGGGUCUGGGGAUGACACCCCAGGAGUAUAACCUACUCUAUGCCAUAUAUGCCUGGACGAACGCACUGGUGGUGAUCAUGGCGGGGUUCCUCAUUGACAAGUUGGGAAACCGCUUUGGUGUCUUCCUCUUCUCCUUCCUGACGGUCCUGGGUUCUGCCAUCUUUGCAUUGGGGUCUCACUUCAAGGGGACGGGCUAUCUGCUGCCCCUCAUGCUCACAGGCCGUUUGCUCUUUGGAUCUGGAAACGGCUCCCUCACCAUCGUCCAGAACCGAAUCACCGCCUUCUGGUUUAAAGGGAAGGAGCUGGCCCUGGCUUUCGGCCUGACGCUGGCCUUCUCCCGCCUCGGCUCCGUCCUCAACUUCUUUUUUACCCAGAGGUUUGAGGCUCACUUUGGCAUACAGUGGACCCUUUGGGGGGGUACCAUUUUGUGUGUGGUGGGCUUCCUGGCAGCUAUCACUGUCAGUGCCUUGGACAAGGUUGGCAUGAAGCAGCUGGGCCUGGACGGAGCUAUCCAGGAGGAGUCACGCAAAGUGAGGGUGCAGGACGUACGCCAGCUGUCCCUCAGAUACUGGCUGCUGGUUCUCACCAUCAUGUUCUUCUACAAUGGUAUCUUCCCCUUCAUCGCCGAUGCCAGUAAAUUCAUCCAGGACAAGUACAGCGGGUACAGCCAGAAGGAGGCCGCCUACAUCGCUGGCGCUGUAUACGACAGCUCCCUGGUGCUGUCUGCCGCCGUGGGCAUUCUCAUUGACUACGUGGGUCUCCGAGGCGUGCUUGCUGUGGCCUGCGCCAUCCUCACACUGCCUGUCUUCGCUCUCCUGGCAUUCACCUUUGUGCCCCCGCUGGUCUCCACCAUCUGGUUGGGGGUCACCUACUCUUUUGCUGCUGCAAGUAUGUGGCCUUCCAUACCACUGGUUGUGCCUCAGGCAACUCUGGGGACAGCCAUGGGUCUCGCCACCUCAGUACAGAUGAUUGGCAUUGGCAUCUCCAACCUUAUUGUGGGGCAGAUUCUCGGAACCAAGUCCAGUGAUGCCAAGAUCCCUCUGUGGCGCUGGCAGAGGAUGAUGAUCUUCAUGCUGGCCAACACCAUAAGCUGCAUCAUCACCUCUGUGCUGCUCAAUGUCAUUGACCACCGGCAGGGUGGGACCCUGAAUAAGACCACAAAGAGAUCUGCAGUGCAGCAACCCCCAGCCCCUCCAGACAGAGACCCCUUGCUGGAGGGAGAGGAGGGGCAGGAGGAAGAAGCAUCUGUCCGUUCCCCUUCCAUCAACAGCAGCUAGCCGUACCUCUGCUAAAACCUGACAUGGAUGCUAAAGGGAUACCAUACAUGCGCACCUCCCCCAAGGAACCUCUGCAUUUGCAGACUGACAGCACGGCUGGACCAGCAGUUAACAGUCUGACUAUGCUUUUUUAGAUCUUUUAACCAUGCAUGCAAUGUGCCAUUCAAAAGGCAGUAUCAAAAGACUAAUUUCCAGUGACUGACAUAAACUUGGCAUUUUAAAUGAGCCAAUUAUGUGUUGGUAUACCAUGCAGCAAACAGUAUGCAUUAUACAUACAGGAUUUAAAUACUGCUAAAGGGAGACGGACAGGAUCACUUUCAGGCGAUUUUAACAUGCAGUUUUGUAGCCCGUGAUUCAGGGCGAUUUUUACAGAGAUGUUGUAAGGACUCAACAGCUACACAGUCCUGAUAUUUGCAGAAUUUCCUAGUUAAUGUGGUUCUACAAAUGGCUGCCUGGUACUUAAGUAUCUAAGGGAAGAUUUUCAUAUAUACCACUUUCCAUAUUAAGGUCAUUUUAUUUUUGUGGAAACAUUACCACUUAAUUUUAAACAUACUGUCAUUUCUUUUUAGCAUUUUAAUAAAAAAACACUUUCUAGUGUUUGCAGUAGACUAAUGUGCAUCUUCCAUCCCAAAUUUUUGGACUUCCUAAUUUUUAAAAUGGGCCACACAUCAAAUCUACCAAAUCAAAAAGAUGUGCAUGUUCAAAACAAUGUGUAAAUGGAAAAAAUAAAGCAGGGGGAACAAGUAAUACAAGUUUAUUGCAAUGCACAGACCACAGGGUUUCCACUCCCAUGCUACACUUUGGCUGUCAGGCAUGGUUGCAUGUUGAAAAGGCACACGCAGAAAAGGCUGGCACUUGGUCAGAGUGAAAACACUUGGAAAGCCAACACUCAGCAGGGCUUCCUCCUGGCUGUGGAAUCCUCAUCUUAUUCACUCUGGUUUCUGUCCCACUCCCCCCCAGAGUUCACAUUUGUCUUGCAGUUUUAAUUUAAAACAUAAAAUGCCUUUCCACAGUUUGAAUACCACAUUCUUUUAGCAGAACCAGCAAUGGUAAAAACAGAAACCCCUACAUAAUGGUUAUUUGCAUCAGCCAUCUACAUACAAAAUAAACAAUAAAAGGAAAAAGAUUAAAGUACUCUUGUUUGGGGGUUUAGUACUCAAUUUUUCUGUUCAUUACAUUUUUGAUGUUGUCCCUGAACAUUUCUUCACAUUUCUAGCAAAGGAACAAGACAGAGUAACUUCAAGAGCUUUACACUUACUCAAGACUAAAAAGGAAAGUAUCAGUCAGAAGAAAACAUACAUUAAAAUAUAUUUCUUUAAGGGCAUUAAUUCUACCCUUCCAAAACAUAAUGCGAACUUGACAAAAAUUAUUUGCUCAAGCUGGGAUACCUUGCAAGUAUGGAGACAGAAUGGAGAUACUGCAGGAAAGAGAACCUUGGGUUACUGCAUGACCUUUUAAGACUAAUCGGCAUGAGGUCUCAUCUAGGGCUGACAGACCCCUUCUCCACCAAGGCAGUUUGAGGGCCGGUUCGGAGCUGGUGCCUAAUCUCGAACCAGUUCUUCGUGUUUC